CUGAUCCACACUCCGGAGCGGAAGGUGGUGAUAAUGCACGAGUAAACCAGAAGUCAACCGCCGUAAAACAAGAACACCAAUCCACAGUAGACGCAUGCGUGGUGGAUGCAACGCCGUUCUGUCUAUGCUGUCUUUCUUUAACUGUAUACGGCGUCUAGGUCCAUAAUCAACCAUAAUUACUCUUGAUGACUGUCGUAGCUCUUCGUUCAUUGUCUCAACCACCAUGGCUCUUGAGAAACUCAGGAAAGAAGAAACUCUCGCAAUGAGGAAGAGAUUAAUCGGGCAGUCAUGUAGACUAUUUUAUUCAGACGACCCUGUGAAAAUAAUAAAAGCAAGAGGCCAAUAUCUGUUCGAUGAAAAUGGCGAGCGCUAUCUGGACUGUAUCAGCAACGUUCAUCAUGUGGGCCACUGUCACCCCAGCAUAACCAAAGCUGCAGCAGAACAAAUGGACCUCCUGAACACAAAUGCACGGUUCCUGCACGACAACAUAGUCAUGUAUGCAGACCGCCUGGCUGCCACCCUGCCUGAGAAACUGUGUGUCUUCUACUUUGUUAACUCUGGUUCAGAGGCCAAUGAUCUUGCCCUGCGCUUGGCACAGCAGUACACUCAACAUCAGGACGUCAUUGUGCUUGACCAUGCGUACCAUGGGCAUCUAAUGUCCCUCAUCGACAUUAGUCCUUACAAGUUCCGGAAACUGGCAGGACAGAAAGAAUGGGUUCAUGUGGCACCCUUACCAGACACCUACAGAGGCAUACACAGAGAGGAUCACCCCGACCCUGGCCAAGCAUACGCUGAUACAGUGAAAGACCUAAUAGAUGAGGUGCACAAGAAAGGUCGUAAGAUCUCUGCCUUCUUUGCUGAAUCAUUGCCAAGUGUUGGAGGACAAAUAAUCUUGCCCCAAGGAUACUCAACUAGAGUUGCAGAAUUUGUGCGCUCAGCUGGUGGAGUGUUUGUGGCAGACGAAGUGCAGACAGGCUUUGGUCGAGUGGGAAGUCAUUUCUGGGCUUUCCAGCUGCAAGGGGAGGGUUUCUGUCCCGACAUAGUUACCAUGGGCAAACCAAUGGGCAAUGGGCAUCCCCUGGCGUGUGUGGCAACCACUGUAGAGAUAGCGGGAGCUUUCACAGCCAACGGAGUGGAGUACUUCAAUACGUUUGGAGGGAAUCCGGUGUCCUGUGCAAUUGGCCUGGCAGUACUUGAUGUGAUAGAGAAAGAGGACCUAAGAGGAAACGCCACAAGGGUGGGAGCACAUCUUAAGGAUUUGCUCACAAAGCUGCAGUCACAACAUCAAGUAAUUGGCGAUGUCAGGGGAAUAGGUCUGUUUGUGGGUCUUGAGCUGGUUUCAGACCGGGACAAGAAGACUCCGGCCACAAAAACAGCAGCACGGGUAGUGAAGAGGUUAAAAGAGGAGGAUAAAAUCUGUGUCAGUACAGAUGGCCCCUGGGAAAACGUCAUUAAGUUUAAACCUCCGAUGUGUUUUAGUAUGGAGGACGCAGAGCUGGCAGUACGAUGCAUUGACCGCAUACUCACAGACAUGGAAGCCAGUGACAUUUAAACUGGAAAAGGAAGACAUCUAAGGUUUGUUUAACCUGUAGAAAAUCUUUUAAUUGCAUCAGACAUGGUCACAUUCAUAAAGUUCAGAGGUAGAGAUGUGAAUGUCUAUUCUUGAGGUUCCAAAAGAAACAAGUUCAUUCAUUUCACUUAGCAGAACGCGUUGCCAUCUUCCACUCGACACUGACCACUGUGGAGACUCAGUCUGCCUCGUAGGAACUGCCUCCGUCUGUGUUAAUACAUUUGUUUUUACAUCAAAGCUUAAAUCUAUGAAAUAUCAAAUCAGUGGCAGUAGAAUUUAAACAGCAGUCAGUCUAGAGCCAAGCUACCUUAAAGUCUAUCAUAAAUCUUUUCGUUUUCCCCGCAGGUGUUUGGUGGUGCCCCCCCCGAUGAAACCUAACAAAUUUAAAUGGAUGCCAGCUACAGCACAUUACCAAAGCCACCUGAAAGAUGACCCCGUACACAAGGUGCUAAUGUGACACUGACUUCCAAAAUAAACUUUGUUUAUCAAGAAACUAACAGUAUGCAUUUCUUUUUUAAAUAAUUCUUUUACCCACAGUAGAAAUAAUUAGUCCCGACUUAUAACACUGAUCAGCAACAUGUUUCCAAUACACAUUAUGGUUGAGAUAAGCACUUACCAGACCACUAUCUUUAACUCCUGGCCACAUUCAUAAAUAGGCUCAAUUACCGCAGUUUCACAUCUAGUUGAAUGGGUCUAACACUCAGCCAGUUAUCCUGCAGGUAGUGAAGCCCUCUCCCACAGUAAGAGGCAUUCGUAGGGAGGUUAACAUUACUCGAGACGAAAACAAGCAAGCCAUUUAACAGUACAAAACAUUUAACAUUAACUUUACAAAUAAUAACAAAAGGAUCCAUGUGUAAUAUAAACCAAAAGUUUAUUUCUAACAAUUUGCCCAAGACACUAGAGGAAUGAGUUUCCAGUGAGAGAGGGAGUACCCUCUUACAUUAACAGGCUUGCGUUCAGUUGAAUAACACUAGUAAAGCCACUUAAAAUUGCAGACAUGAUGGGGGAAGAAUCUCCUUAAAAGCC